AUGGCGGCAGGCGGCUACGCAGACUUGAGGGAGAAGCUCCAGUCGCCUCACCGCGAGAAACAACAACAACAACAACAGCAGCAAACAACAACACAACAGCAACAGCAACAACAACAGCAACAGCCGCUGCGAUCGGCCUUGGCGGCAGCGCCGUACAACGGCCGCAAGAGGAAACACGAGGCGGAGGGCGAGGCCGACCUGAGCGGCGAGGAGUACGAGCACGGCAAGUACCACAGCGACUACGACGACGAGCGGCAGGGAGAAGCCCGGCGGGUGAAGCAGGGCAUCCGCCAGGUGCGUCUCUUCACCGCCGAUCAGUGCACACUAAUCGAGUCACAAAUCGACGACGUGGUUUCCCGGGCCGAGAAGGGGAUUUACCGCGAUCACACGGUGGACCGGGCCCCGCUGCGCAACAAAUACUUCUUCGGGGAAGGCUACACAUACGGCUCGCAGUUGGAAAAACGAGGCCCCGGUCAGGAGCGUUUGUAUCCCAAGGGGGAUGUCGACGACAUCCCUGAGUGGGUCCACGACCUGGUGAUCAAGAAACUGGUGGAUCAGCGCAUUAUCCCCGAGGGCUUCGUCAACAGCGCCGUCAUCAACGACUACCAGCCGGGCGGCUGUAUCGUCUCGCACGUGGACCCCAUCCACAUCUUCGAGAGGCCCAUCGUUUCCGUGUCCUUCUUCAGCGAUUCAGCUCUCUGCUUCGGCUGCAAGUUCCAGUUCAAGCCCAUUCGGGUGUCAGAGCCCGUCUACUUCUUACCUGUCCGAAGAGGGAGUGUUACUGUGCUCAGUGAUUAUGCAGCAGAUGAAAUCACUCAUUGCAUUCGACCACAAGACAUCAGGGAGCGAAGAGCAGUUAUCAUACUCCGAAAAACAAGGACAGAAGCACCACGUUUGGAAUCAAAAUCAUUAACUAGCUCAGUGUUACCGGUACACAUGUCCAACAGACAGUUGAAUAGUGACCGAUAUCAAGCAUUACUGAAACAGAAACGGUCUCAUCGGAAGGCUGAUCCAGAUGCUGCACACAGGCCUAGAAUUUUAGAAAUGGACAAAGAGGAGAAUCGACGAUCUGUGAUUUUACCAAAACACCGCAGGAGGAGUGACAGUGCUGCAGAAAAUUACUGGCGAAAAACGCACGAUUGUGCGGAUGAUGAAGAAGAUGAGGGCGGUGAAGGUGGAGUAGCAGGUAGCCCAGUCCGAAAAGUAAAAAUGCGACGCCACUGAUUGGAGAAAGAAAAAAGUAGACUCUAACUUGAAGGCUGAAGGACAAGAUAUGCACUACUCAUUUCUAAAGGGGACAACUCAACAUUUACAUUCAGAUUCAAAGAAGAAGUUUAAAAAAAACAAAAAAAACGCUCUUUAAAAUGGAAGGAUUUAUCCUUGAGGGUGAAAGUGGCAGGAGAAUGCUGUUAUGUUGCAGCCAGGAUGGCCUCUGUUUCAUUCUACCUUUGUUAUUGGGUAACGUUGUAUAGCCUAUUUUCCCCUCUUUUGUUUUAUUAUUUAAAGCCCAAAUUAACUCGCACAGCUCUGUGUGUUAAAGCAAAUUGUUUAAAAAAUAUAUAUUAAUUUUUUUUAACUACAUUCUUUUGAAAUGAGAAGCAGCCGGAGUAUCAUGGUAUCAUAUGCGCUUUUUCGAACUUCAGCGUUUCCAAUAUUAGGGUUGCACAUUUUGGAAAGUUCCCAAAUCUAUGUUAAAUAUAUUGUUGCAUAAGAACUCUUACUGAGAGUAAUUUUUGUUUCCACAUAGGGGGAGAAAAACACACGUGUGUUGGCUUGUAACAAAGUUGUACAGUUCUAGAAAAACAAAAACAAAGUUUAAUGUAAGCAAAAGAAUGAGUUAUGUAAAUGAAAAUAGGUAUUUUAUGUAAAAAAAAAAACAAAAAAAGUUUUAAUUUGGGUAACUGUCAGAAAGAGAGUUUGCCUGUCAGCAGGGCCUUUGACCUGGAUGCUUGCUUUAUUUCUUGUACAAAUGCUAAAUUUGAUUAAAUGCAAAGAGCAUCACUUUAA